AUGUCAUGUGGUAUUGCAGUUUUUGAUGUGGAAAAUUCUAGUAUUAAGUUUCUUCGAGAAAGUGCAAUUAAUUUCGCCAAUGGUUGUUUGUAUUUUGCAGGAAAAGUGUGUUCUCGUCAAGAGGUAGAGGCUUAUUCCUCGUCAGUAAAUGGCCACUUAAAUACAUACCCCGAAAAUAUCGUGAAUAAAUUGGAUUCAUGCAAAUCCAGUGACGAAAUAGUCAAUGUAUUAGAUGGUUUAAUUGGAGGUUGGGCAGUGAUUUGCUAUAGGAAAAAAAAAGAUUUACAAAAACUAAUAGUUGGACGUGAUGCAUUUGGUCGGAAAAGUUUGCUGUGGAAACGAAUGGAUGAAAAGAUUUGUUUCUCUGAUUUUGCCUGCACUGAAAAGUAUAUCUGGCACGAUGUUCCAUCUGGCUCAAUAACAGUUUUCGAUUUAUGCUGUAAAAAAAAUAGCUCUGCUUUUUAUAUUUUCGAAAUCAGCAGAACAUGGACAGAGCAAUUCGGUAUAAUGAAUAUAACUCAGAGAAAAUCAGCGUCAAAUAGGCUUACACUUACCUAUGAAGUUCCACUGACAAAGUUAUGUAUCUCAACAGUGGCGGAAACAAUGCUAGAACGAUUAAAAGAAGCCGUAGAACGUACACUUUCUGAUUUAAAUCAUUCUUUGGAACGGAUAUUGUUGUCAUUUAGUGGAGGUGUUGAUAGUUUGCUGAUUGCUCAUGUUAUGGCCCACUGCAUACAAUCUAAUGUGCUUUUCGAUUUGGCAAAUGUUGCUUUUGACAAAGAAAAAGAAUAUGAUAGAGCCCCGGAUCGGCAGCAAAGCCUAAAAGCUUUCAAGUUUUUAAGAUCUUGCUAUCCUGGACGUUUUAAACGUCUUAUUUUGGUAAAUGUUGAUAUGGAUGAACUAGAGUUCUGCCGCAAAAAGUAUAUAGCAAAGGCUGUUGCACCAGCGUACACAGUUCUUGAUGAUUCUGUUGGGUGCGUUGUGUGGUUUGCUGCUCGAGGUGAGGGAGUCCUGUUCAGUGAUAAAAAAGAGCUUGUUUAUGGAAAAUCAGAAGCGAAAAUUGUAAUUGCCGGAAGUGGUGCAGAUGAACUGUUUGGAGGCUAUAUGCGACACAGAACAACCUAUUUGAAAAGUGGCAGGAAAGCAGUACUGGAAGAGUUGCAUAAAGAGCUGAAAAAUAUUGGUGAGAGGAAUUUAGGACGAGAUGAUAGAGUGGUUUCAAGUUUUGAUAAAGACCUAAGAUCACCAUUCCUCGAUGACUUAUUUGUGGAGUGGGUAGCUUCUCUACCUCUUGAAUAUAAAACAGAUUUUGAUCAACCGCGAGGAAUCGGAGAAAAACGGCUAAUACGAGAGGCAUUAAGGUUACUGGGUACACCUGAAGUACUGUGUACUGCACCAAAACGUGCUAUGCAAUUUGGUUCAAGGAUUGCAAAAUUAGAAAGUCGAAAUGAAAAAGGCAGUGAUUUUUGCUCAAGGUUUCUGGAGAGUAAAUGUAAAUAUAACUGA